GAGCGCCUCCCGCCGCGCCAAAGGCCAACUGUGGCUUUAGGCAUGCGCGCGCGGGCCAUUAUCUCUCUCUCUCUCUCUCUCUCUCUCUCUCUCUCUCUCUGUGACGUCACGAACCCACCAUCGAGGACGGCGCGCGGCUUAGACUAGAGCGCCCUCCCCCCGCAACUACAGCAAAAUCCGACGAGCGCCUCUCUCGCCGCGCCAAAGGCCAAAUGGGGCUUGGGCAUGCGCGCGCGCGGCCCAUUCGCUCUCUCUCUCUCUCUUUCUCUCUCUCUGUGACGUCACGAACCCACCAUCGAGGACGCGGGCGGCCUAGAGCGGCCUCUCCCCACAGAAAGAGAGAGAGAGAGGAGAGACCGGAAAGCCAGGCGCGCCGCUUCCGGAAAGGAGCGGAAGCCUUUUCAUUCUGACAGAGAAGCUCCCCUCAGAACGGUCCGUUUUUAUUUUCCUGGCCUAAUUUCCCUCAGGCGCCGAAGGAGCGCCGGGGCCUUCAAAGCAGGCGAGGGAAAACGGCCGCCGCCGCCGCCAUGGCGGUCCCUGCUCCGGGCUGCAGCCUGAAAGACGAGCUGCUGUGCCCGAUCUGCCUGGGCCUCUACCAGGAGCCCGUCAGCUUCGGCUGCGAGCACUACUUCUGCCGCCGCUGCAUCUCCGAGCACUGGAGCCGGCAGGAAGCUCAGGCCGCCCCGGCUAGGGAUUGCCCCGAGUGCCGCCGGGCUUUCUCCGCUCCCGCUUUGGCCCCCAGCCUCAAACUGGCCAACAUCGUCGAGCGCUUCGCCGCUUUCCCGCCCGAGGCCUCCAUGGGCGCCGGGCGGGGAGGCCGAGGAGGGGCCGCGCCCUGCGGGAAAGCCCACGCCAAAGUCAGGCUCUUCUGCCUGACCGACCGCGCCGUCGUCUGCUUCUUCUGCGACCGGCCAGCCCUCCACGAGCAGCACCAGGUCACCGGCCUGGACGAGGCCUUCGAGGAGAUGCAGAGAGAGCUGAAGGAGCAGCUGCAGACCCUCCAGGACAGCGAGCGUGGGCACACGGAGGCCCUGGCUCUGCUGAAGCACCAGCUGGCCGAGACCAAGUCCUCGGCCAAGAGUUUGAGGGCCACCAUCGGCGAGGCCUUUGAGCGGCUGCACCGGCUGCUCCGUGAGCGCCAGAAGGCCAUGCUGGAGGAGCUGGAGGCCGACACGGCCCGGACUCUGACUGACAUCGAGCAGAAGAUCCAGCGCUACAGCCAGCAGUUGCGCAAGGUGCAGGAAGGUAGCCAGAUCCUGCAGGAAAGGCUGGCAGAAACCGACAAGCACAACUUUCUGGCGGGCAUCGCCUCUCUCUCGGAGAGGCUGAAGGGGAAGAUCCACGAAACUAGUCUCACCUACGAGGACUUUCCCACAUCGAAGUACAUGGGGCCUCUGCAGUACACUAUCUGGAAAUCCCUCUUCCAGGACAUCCAGCCAGUGCCUGCCAUGCUGACCCUGGACCCGGCCACCGCUCACCAGCGCCUGAUCCUCUCCGACGACUGCACCCUCGUCUCCUACGGCAACUUGCACCCGCAGCCGCUGCAGGACUCGCCCAAGCGCUUCGACGUGGAGGUGUCGGUGCUGGGCUCGGAGGCCUUCAACAGCGGCAUCCACUACUGGGAGGUGGUGGUCUCGGAGAAGACCCAGUGGAUGAUCGGGCUGGCCCACGAGGCCGUCACCCGCAAGGGCAACAUCCAGAUCCAGCCCAGCCGCGGCUUCUACUGCAUCGUCAUGCACGAUGGCAACCAGUAUAGCGCCUGCACCGAGCCCUGGACGCGGCUGAACGUCAAGAGCAAGUUGGAGAAGGUCGGGGUCUUCCUGGAUUACGCGAAGGGGCUGCUCAUUUUCUACAACGCCGACGACAUGUCCUGGCUUUACACCUUCCGGGAGAAGUUCCCGGGGAAACUCUGCUCCUACUUCAGCCCGGGACAGAGCCACGCCAACGGGAAAAACGUGCAGCCGCUCCGGAUUAACACUAUCCGCAUCUGAGGACUCUCCGGAUCUCCUAUCUUCCCCCGGUGCAGAACAGCGAAAUGAGUCCCGAUGCGGGCAAAAUUGUGAGCUUCUCUGGGUAGCGUUCUGAGCUGCCAGGACUGAACAAAGCAGGGGGGGGGAACCAGGUUGGCUUUGAGGGUUCCCCUAGGGCAGCGGCUCUGUGGACCGAUGGCCCUUGGGACUCCCUCCUCGGGAUCUACGACGUUCGCCGCUUUCAGACGCAGUGAGGAAGGAUAUAACGGGGGAGGGUCUUUUAAGAUGCAGGGAUGUCUGGUCGUCUUCUCGUCAGCCUUGUUCAGGCGACUUUUUUUUUAUUUUUUUGCAUGCUUUCCCCCCAAAGUUCCCCAUCCUAUCAUUUUUGCAAAACUGGGGAAAGGGAGGGUCUACACUAUGGAUCUUAGCGGGUUUUAAUUCCUGCUUUUAAGGUGGGCAAGGAAGCAAGAGGGAACAAGAGGACCAAUCGGAAAAUAAAACGGGGCUAACGGGUCUUAAUUCUCGACGGGAGGUUUGUGUCGUGACUUGCGGAUGUGUUUGUUAAUUUAUAAAAGGGGGGGGGGGAUAAAUAGAAUUAUUGGCUGCUUGUAAUGCUAAGCGGGAGGCCUGGUUCCAUACUUGCCAGCCUCCGCGUACAAAGACUUGAGGGCCGAGGUUGCAUUAAAUGCAACCUAUUGCACUUGACUGCGGAAUGAAUUAAUUGCCAUUCUGCGAAUCCUCCACAUGGGAAGCCUGCAGGAGGCGCGCUGACCAGUCGAAAGUCCACUGGGUGGGUUAAGCAAAGCUGACCCCCGUUUCAGAAUACAGGAGUCAGGAAGGAACCCCCCCCCCCCACCUCAAAAGGACAGACUUGGUGCUUCAACAGCAAUCCUGUCAAUCCAAACUCUUUCAUGUGACACUCCAAGCAGGCCACAAGAGGGCAGUGUUGGCUUAAUUCAUGCCGUGGGAUGUGGGGGGGUAGGGGGGGAGCUGUGGUGGUGGUGAUGUGGUGGUGUCUGGGGAGGAAAAUGCUCUUUUAUGGGUUUGGGCAAGGAGGAUGGCGAGAGAGUUCAGCGGGGAGAUCCCUUGCCAGAGGUGACCGUUUUAUGUAAAUCUUUACGGUGGAAGUUCCGUUAAGUCUGUAAUUAAAAGUUUGGCCAGUUGGACGGAGCUUU